AUGGGUUCGAUCAUGCAACUCAAUCAACCUUCUCCCCUCCCCGUCAUCUCCGUCUCCGAGCGCCCGCUCCGGCUCGACACUAUCCCCCUCGACGACCUCUCCCCCAUCCUCGCGAUUCUUGCCAAAUCAAAGCAAUUCGCUUCGCUCGCUUCCCUCGUACGCACCUGCAAGGCGCUCUACCAGCCCGUCAUUCCCUACAUCUACCGGGAUGUCCACAUCGACUCGCAGGCGGCGUACGAUGCUAUCCUCGCGGCACUCGUAGUGCCGGCUUCGGUCGCCUCGGUGCCGGAGAAGGAAGACGCUCGGUCGGAGAUGUGGGAGGGACGGUUCCUCUCCCACUGCGCUCUGACCCGAAGAGUUACUCUGAGCACUAUGCCCAACAUCCCCUUUGGCGUACGGCUAUCGCAGAUCCUCGGCGACACUCACCUCGGGCCAAAGUCGCUCUUUCCCCUCGCUAAGCUACUCCACAUCUGUCCCACAAAUCUUCCAGCGGACACCCCUCAGCAGAGCCCCUCCCUUACCAGCCUCUGCACUCCUCAGCAGGUCUGCUUCACCGAGGAUUCCUCCAAGCUCGGUACUGGCAGCCGGAUUGCAGACUGGUACCCUCUGCUCGAGAGCAUCGGCUCUCACGCUGUUCAACAAUCGGGCCACGGGCCAGUCGAGCUGGACUGGCACGGAAGCGAGGCUACCCUCUACGACGCAGCACUCGAAGCGUUACAUUCGGGCCUGUGCAACACAUCAAUCUCGUAUAGCUUCGAUCGCGUCCGGCUUCACGUGCCGGAUCCGACAGCCGCCUUCGGCUAUAGCUACGAACGGCUGCGUUGUACGGGCGCGACUACCCUUAUAGCUACCUGGGCCGAGGCGCUGUAUGUCAUGACAAGCCCCCAGCUCCACCACCCCUGGACCGCUCGACGGUCGACCUGGGUCAUCAACGUCGCCACCUCCUGUUCGGCGAGCACCGUCCGACUACACAACGCACUAUGCGACGCCCAUGACCCCGUGAUCAUGGUUGGCGUGGACAUGAUCUCCCUCUUAGAGUGCUGGAUCAAGGUCAUACGGCACGACGGUACUCAGCUUGACUCGCAGACUGCUCGCGACAUCGCCUCAACCCUAGUCACGUUCUGGCAGUUGAGGAUCCAGGAGGUAACAACAGACGUUGUGCGCCCCUGGACGGCGGUGGAGGUGGCAAGAUAUCGUGAGAUACGGGACGCGCAUACUGAGGAGGACAUCGGGCGAGUUCAGGGGGAUCAAUCACACCGGACCUUCGAAGGGCAUGAUUUCCAGAACUACAUCCGAAACGGGCGAGAGGUCUGGACAUCUCCCAGGCUGCAUUUGGAGAUGAAGAUGGGGGACGAGCAGGAGCCUUGCCCUGUCUGUGCUUACCAUCCGUAUUAA